AGUAAUCAAAUUUCGUUUACGUUUACUGCCUCGUCUCGUUGGACAAACCAUACGUGCGUGUUAUGAUUUAAUUUGAUUAAAUAAAGUCAAUAUAUAAUAACAGGGAAGAGAGGGGAGGAAGAAAUUUGAAAAUAAGUGAAGAGAAAGAUAGAAAAAGGAGACAGAAUAUAUAAAGAGACGAGAGAAAAGUAAAAAGUUGUGAGAAGGAAAUGAAAUAAAUUAUACUUUGUCUGCAAUAAUAACAAAGAAUGCAAGCAAUGCGUAUAAACUAAUAAUGUUAACAUAACCAUUCGAACCUCUAUUCACGGUCAUAUAAACACGUCUCGACACUCAUAUGGCGAAAGCAUAAAAGGAACCAUCCGAGAAUUGAAUCGUGAAAAAUCAACAUGGAAAAUAAGGUUUACGUUUUGCGUGAAUGUCUCGGAUAAAAACAGAAAGACUCUAUUCAUCUUUGUCUGUCUCGCAAAAACGAGAUAAUCGUUGUCUUACAUGUUAAUUUUUCACGAUUUGUUUAUGUGACCAUAUGUAUACUUGCAUCGAUAAAAUCACAUACAAUGUGAAAAUAGUAAGAUUGGACACGACAAAACUGGCACGAGUGGUUGAAUGUCAGGUCUAUCCUGUAGUUACAAUUAGUUAAUGGUAGAGGGCGUGAUAUGAUAAAAUUUCUGACUUUUCGAACGCAAUCAGUUUCUCAGAACGCAUAACACCAAUUUCCAUGAAAUAUUAUCUCGUCUCUAGUAAAAAUGUGUACAAGUGUGUCAUCUAUACUAGUAUAUUUUCUACGAUAUUAGUGCCCUAAAGUUUUAAUAUGGGCAUAUUAUACACGUUAAUAUGCGGUUAAUAUUGUUUACAAUCAUCUGAAAACUUAUAUAGAAACUAUUUUCGUUUUACAUAAAUUGUACCAGAUGUUGUUUCAGUUUUGUCACGUGGGUUGCAAAACUACAAUUAAUGCGACAUUUUUAAAUGUUACACGACACUAUGCAAGGGCGGUAGUUAAAAUUCGACGAAAAAAAAACGCCGUCGCUAAUAAUGAAGUAAAACAUGAGAAAACAGAAACACCAAUAAUAAAAUGUAAAAAGCAGAUGUAUGAUUUUUACAAAGAUGAUGCACGUUCCAAAGAAAAACCGAUAUUGGCCAGUCAUAGCUGGAAAAACAGAAAGUCCAAAGGCGAUCAUUUCUUUAUAUACCCUUAUAACAAUGAUGUCGCGGAAGCGAAUAAGGAAGUUGAUUCUGAAACAUUUCAGGAUCUUGAUGUAAAUCCUUCUUUAUGUAACAAUUUAGAAGAUUUAAAUAUAUACGAACCUUUAGAAAUCCAAAAGCUCGGAAUACCAAAAAUUUUUCAAGAAUGUAACGUAUUAAUAGCAGCAGAAACAGGAUGUGGGAAAACAUUAGCUUAUCUUCUGCCAUUGAUAACUAAAAUUUUGUUAUGGAAACAAAAAGAAGCGGAAAGAAGUAUAAAUACACCACUAGGAUUAAUCGUAACUCCUUCGAGAGAAUUAACAGUACAAAUCGGGUUGCAACUGAUUAAGCUAUCUAAGCACCUUAAUAUUAAAACAAAGAUAGUCACUGGUGGGAGGACAAAAAAGAUAAUAUCGGAUCCUCCUGUGGGAAACAUCGACGUUCUUGUUUGUAGUUUUGGAGUUAUUAGUAAAUUGACAACGUUUGGUGUAUAUGAUCUCGCACUUACAAGAUUUGUUGUGUUAGACGAAGCAGAUUCUUUGUUUCAUUCUUCCUUUGAGACAAAGCUAAAAGUAUUUCUGAGGAGAAUACCGAUUGGAUAUCAUCAUUACAAUACAACUGAGAAUGAAUUUCCUAAUACAGCCCAACUCAUUUUAGUCUCUGCGUCAAUUCCGUCAGGUAUUAAAACUGUGCUGAGCGACAUCAUAAAUAUAAAUUCUUUGGAACAUGUAACAACGGAAAAAUUACAUAGAAUACUGAUUCCACAAAAGUUUGUAAGAUUAAUUCCAAGCCAAAAGCCCAUAGAGCUUGUGAAAUAUGUGAAAAGCAAAGUAUUAAAUAAACAGCGUGUAAUUGUAUUCAGCAAUCGAAAUAGUACCUCCUAUUGGAUUUCCUUAUUUUUAAACGAAUGCGGUGUCAAAGUUACAAAUUUAAAUGGCGAUAUGCCAUUACAUGUACGACAAGGAAAAUACGGGGAAUUCCUAAAUGGCAAAACAAUGGUGUUGUCUACAACGAACGGAGGAUCCCAAGGUUUAGAUACAAUAAUGGUUAAUCACAUUUUAAAUUAUGAUUUCCCCUUAGACACGUCCAGCUACAUACACAGAUGCGGUCGAGCUGGCAGAGUAGGUACCAUAGGUGUGUCCAGAGUAACAAAUUUUAUUUCCAAACUGAGCGAAAUCGUCGUAGUUCAAAAAAUUGAAAUGGCAGUUAGAAAAAUGAAACCAAUACCUGUGUUUAAUCUUCUGGAUAGGAAAGACGAAGAGGAAGAAGAAACAGAAUACAAUUUUACAGAGGAAAUGAUCGAAGAUCUAGAUGAAGUCGAAAAUAUUCCAUACUGAAAUUUAUAUAUUACCAAUAAAAAAAAAAGGACGUUUGCUUGUUAUAAAA